CAUGGAGUGAGCCCGGGACCGGAGGGGCGCCGACCCCAGAAACACAAUGCAACCUGGGAUCUUCAAGGUGUGCCUUGUGGUCGUCACGGCCAUUGUCAAUCACCCGCUUCUCUUCCCCGCUAACGAUUCAGCUGUGCCCGCCACUGAUGACUUCAUCUUCCAGAAACUGAAGGAAAGAGAGGAGAACCUGAAGCUCCAGCAGCUGGAACUCGAGCAGCUUCUAUCACGCCCAGAGCCACCCAUAGAAGAUGACACCGAAACUGAGAGCAAGCCCACCGAAGAUGAGACGUUAUGGGAUUUCUGGAGUGUCAUGUCGAUGAUCGUCUUCCUAAUGAUUGAAGUGUGGCGGCAAGAUUUCUUAGAUAACAGUUCGCAUGAGCAGAGCAAAGAGGAGGAGGAUGACCUUUUGUUCGUCGGAAGCAGCUGCCAUGGCGUCUCGUUUCCAAGCAAGACCAUGUUGUCUAUUUUUCAUGACCAGUAUAUCCGAACGACAACGCAUGACGCGGCUCGGACCAAGGAGUUCGUCGAGGGCUUUGCGGAUGACUUGCUAGAAGCGCUAAGAAGCGUUUGUAACCGGGAUGCCGACAUGGAGGUUGAAGACAGCAUCUGCGUGGGGAGCAUGUACGAAAACUGGAGAGUCAACAAACCACUGAUAUGUGACUUGCUUGUACCAUUCGCUCCUCCGGAACCUUACUAUUUCCGCUGCCACCCUUGGAUUGCUAGCAAAUCCAUUGCUCCCAACCAACAAAGUUUUGGGACUAUUCUCGUAUGUGGACCUGAAGAUUCAUCAGGUUGUGUCUGUGACAGGAAAAAACUUGGAGAAGACAUGCUCUGCCUCCUUCACAACCCAAGCAGCAAGAAGAAGGUCACCAAGGAUGUCAACCUAUUGUGUUCCAUGGACUCCAACUAUCUAGACACAGACCAGGUCAUGAAAUGGUUCCAAACAGCCAUUACAAAGGCCUGGGGAAGGAUAUCACACAAGUAUGAGUUUGAGCUCACUUUCAGCCACUUAGAUUCUCCAGGAGCUUUGAGAGUCAGAUUCAAAUCAGGAAAAGUCAUCAGCUUCAACAUUACCCCGGUGGUUCAGUAUGGAGACUCUGACCUGUACUUUAUUUCACAGUUCCCCGGCAUGGACCGAUCAAACCCAUUGGCCUCCAGCAUUCACUGGAACUUGUCUUUUGCCGUUUACGAGAGGAGGUUCCUCAAGGAUAUCGCCAAACAUCUCCCCGGUAACUCAUGUCACCUCAGCUGCCUACAAAUUAUGACUUUCCUGCACUCCAAGCAGUGUCAAAUAACUGGCCCAAGCGGCCUGACAAGUUACCACCUGAAGACGGUCCUCUUGCAUCUCCUAGUGACCCAGCCUUAUAACGUCUGGAGUAACGUCAUGCUAGAAGAUCGAUUAAGGGACAUGUUCAAGAGCCUGGAGAAAUGUCUGCUGGAGAAGAGACUCCGCCACUUUAUGAUUGGGAAUUCCAAACUCCCAGAGACGGUCAGCCUCCCGGAACGCUUCCGCACAGCAGAACCUCUUAAUCUUUUCCGAUCUUUUGUCCUAAACAGAGACCUUUACCAGAGGACCUUGUCCAUGUUCUACGAGAUGUUAAAGAACGCGACCGUCGUCAUCAACGAGUACAGCCUUCACCUUCCCACAGGACCAUCCAACAAGAACUCUCAUUAGGAACACUCAUGGUGUAUUUUUGUAUCCUCGUAAAAACAUGUUAUGGAGUUAAAUGCUGGAUUGGAAGUUCCGGGAUACGGACAAGCCAACUUUCCUCUGCCAAUU